CCUAUCGAUAGCAGCCAAACUCGAUAGCGACUGAUGUCGAUAGUUUCAGUUGUAAUAAACAAAAAGCCGGGUUCCUUGCGUUUAGCGCCAAAAAAGUUGUGAUCUGUUAAAACAAGUAACAAUUUGUUUAUAUAUAUAUAUAAAAUGGUUGAUUCAGACAAUACCCAGCUACAGCACAAGGCAAGCGCAGAUACAUUUCUGCCCCUUAGCCGGGUACGGACCAUAAUGAAGAGCUCAAUGGACACUGGCCUAAUAACCAACGAAGUGCUAUUUCUUAUGACCAAGUGCACCGAGCUAUUUGUGCAGCACCUGGCCCGUGAGGCAUACACGACUUCGUGUGCCAAACAAAAUAGUGACACACUCAAAUACGAACACUUAUCGCAGCUGGUUAACAAGAGCAAAAAUCUCGAGUUCCUUUUACAAAUUGUUCCCGAAAAAAUACGCGUGCACGAAUUCCAAGAGAUGUUGCGUCUCAACCGUUCCAAUGCCAGCGAUGAGGAUGAGGAAACGUGCUCUGAAUCCGAGUCGGAGGAUGAAUAGAGAAUAGCAACACACUACCAAUUAAAUGCUUAGAGUAACUUUUAUUUGUAAGCCUACAUUCAUAGCAUAAACACUUUUUAUACAAACUCACCAUAUAAUUCUGUAAUAAACGUCAAAUGUCUAUAAA